AGAAGUUAGAUACUAAAGAUAUUUUGAUGAAAAUGAUAAUUUCCGAGGCAGCUUCUUCAUUUCCCGAUGUAUCUCAAGGUGAUUUUCAGAUGUAUCCCGGCGGCGAAGUCGUUGUUUCGACCUCUCUUGAAGCUAGUUCCAUCUCAGAAUCUCACUUAAAUUCUCUACUUUAUAGUCUCUGUCUUCUCAAAGACAAGGUUCAUCAGGUUCAGUCUUUGGUUAAUAUUAUUCUCUUCGCACCAAAUGAUCACCAGACCCAGCCUGAGUCAACUUCUCUAGCCACAGCGAGGAUGGGGAAUGUGAUUCAAGAAAUAAUUGUUACUGCAUCUUCAAUGGCUUUAACUUGCCAGCAGAUGGCUAUUGCUUCAAACUCAGCACCAGCCAAUAACAACAACACCGAUGAAUUGCACCAGGCCGCUCAAGCUAACAAGGUUGAGGAAAAUGGGAUACUGCAACCAAACUUCGGCGGCAAUAACAUAGGCCAAGAUAGAGAGCAAAGCUUCUUCUCCAGCGAAACGUUCGAGUCCUGGUAUGGUGAAAACUACAACAAUAGAAGCAACCAAAUCCAAAAGGUGGAAAGAAAAGGAUUUUCUCAAGGAGGCACUAGUGAGAAUACAGCAGAAGGGAAAUCAUUCGUUAAGAAUUAUGAUAUAGUGGAACUGGAUGCAGCGGAUUUACUAGCUAAGUACACUCAUUAUUGUCAAGUUUGUGGUAAAGGAUUCAAACGUGAUGCGAAUUUGAGGAUGCAUAUGAGAGCUCAUGGAGAUGAAUAUAAGACUAAUGCUGCUUUGAGCAAUCCAAUGAAGAACAGUAGCAUGGGAGAUAAUAAUAAUAAUGAGUUGUGGAUGAAAUUGCCUAGAAAAUAUUCAUGUCCACAAGAAGGGUGUCGGUGGAAUCAGAAGCAUGCUAAGUUUCAGCCAUUGAAAUCCAUGAUUUGUGUGAAGAAUCAUUACAAGAGAAGCCAUUGUCCGAAGAUGUAUGUGUGUAAGAGGUGCAACAGGAAGCAAUUCUCGGUUUUGUCUGAUUUGAGGACUCAUGAGAAGCACUGUGGAGAUGUGAAGUGGCAGUGCUCUUGUGGCACUACAUUUUCUAGGAAAGAUAAGCUUAUGGGUCAUGUUGCUUUGUUCGUCGUCGGACACAGCCCAGCAAUAACUUCACAGAAUCACCAUGUUGAUUGAACCACCGACUAUACAAAAUGGUACGUUAUUUGCUAUAGGGUUAAUUUUAGAAAUUUCCAUAGUGAUCGAUGUUUCUUUUUUAUUUGUUUUUUUUUAUUUUAUUAUUAUUAUUUUGUUAAGAGACCUUGUCAUACAUGAUAUCCCAUGAACAAUGCUUUUUGGAAAAUUCGUUCCUGUAAUAUAUAUACAAA